AUGUCCCCAUUAGAAUUGAGUGAGUUGAAAAACCAAUUAGAGGACCUGAUAACCAAGCAAUUUAUCAGACCAAGUGUGUCUCCCUGGGGAGCCCUUGUGCUCUUGGUAAAGAAGAAGGAUGGUAGUAUGAGAUUAUGCAUAGAUUAUAGAAAAUUGAAUAAAGUGACCAUCAAGAAUAAGUACCCUCUGCCCAUAAUUGAUGACCUUUUAGAUCAAUUAGGAGGAGCUACUGUGUUUUCCAAAAUUGACUUGAGAUCAGGGUACCACCAAAUCAGAAUAAAAUCCAAGGAUGUACCAAAAACUGCCUUUAGAACUAGGCACAGAAAACUUUAUGCCAAACCAAGCAAAUGUGAGUUUUGGAUGUUAGAAGUAAAGUUUCUAGGUCAUGUGAUCAAUAAGAAAGGAGUGGCAGUGGAUCCCUCCAAAGUAGAGGCAGUGCUGAAAUGGGAACAUCCUAGGAAUGUGAAAGAGGUUAGGAGUUUCUUAGGACUAGCGGGAUAUUAUAGGAGAUUCAUUAGGAAAUUCUCCCAAAUUGCCCUGCCGUUGACCAGACUGACUAGGAAGGACCAGCCCUUUGUGUGGGAUCAAAAAUGUGAAAAGAGUUUUCAGAAUCUUAAGACCAAGUUAACCACUGCUUCUGUGCUAGCCAUACCAGAUCCAACCUUAAGAUUUGAAGCGUAUUGUGAUGCAUCCCUGAAAGGUUUAGGUUGUGUAUUGAUGCAAAACAACCAAGCAGUGGCUUAUGUUUCAAGACAACUAAAACCUCAUGAGGGAAACUAUCCCACUCAUGACCUAGAAUUGGCCGCCAUAGUGUUUGCCUUGAAGAUCUGGAGACAUCAUUUGUAUGGAGCACAAUUUGAUAUUUUCAGUGAUCACAAGAGCCUAAAGUAUCUCUUUAACCAGAGGGAACUUAACAUGAGGCAAAAAAGGUGGGUGGAGUUUUUGAAGGAUUAUGAAUUUGAACUGAAAUACCAUCCAGGCAAGGCCAAUGUAGUAGCUGAUGCAUUGAGCAGAAAAUCCCUACAUAUGUCUCAUCUGAUGAUCCAAGAACUUGCACUGUUGGAAAACCUUAGAGACUUGAACCUAAUAAAGUCAAACUACAACACCCUCAAACUAGACAAGUUAUUCAUUAAGGAAAUAGUGAGGUUGCAUGGGGUGCCUUUUAGUAUCAUAUCAGAUAGGGACCCUAAGUUUACCUCCAUGUUUUGGAAGGCAUUUCAAAAGUCUCUAGGAACUAGACUACACCUUAGUACUUCCUACCAACCCCAAACUGAUGGUCAAACCGAAAGAACCAUUCAGACUCUAGAGGAUAUGCUGAGAGCUUGCAUUUUAAAGGAAGGAGGAAACUGGGAUACACAUUUGCCUCUGGUAGAGUUUUCCUACAACAAUAGUUACCAUGCCAGCAUUGGCAUGGCACCUUAUGAGGCUUUGUAUGGAAGAAAAUGUAGGACACUGUUAUGUUGGUCAGAAGUAGGGGACAAGGGGAUCGUAGGUCCUGAAGUUAUCCAAGAGACCACUGAAAAGAUUAAGGUAAUUAAGGAUAAAUUAAAGAUAGCCCAAAGCAGGCAAAAGAGCUAUGUUGAUAUCAGGAGAAGACCUUUAGAGUUUGAGGAAGGAGAUCACGUUUUUUUGAGAGUUACCCCCACCAUUGGCAUUGGAAGAGUGCUAAAGGUCAAGAAGUUAAACCCUCGUUUUGUUGGACCCUUUCAAAAAUUGCUGAGGAUUGGUCCCUCUGCAUACAGAAUAGCCUUGCCACCCAAACUAUCCAAUCUGCACAAUGUUUUUCACGUCUCCCAGUUAAAGAAAUACAUUCCUAAUCCUCACCAAAUUUAG